CAUCUCCAUCUCAUCCAUCUCUAUCCAUCUCCAUCCCCCCUGCCUGCCCACACUCAUUCAGCCCACCGCCACACUCCUUCACACCGCCCCGUAGUCGCCUGUCUCACUCACCACCCACCCAUCCCAUCCACACCAUGCACCUCACCCCUCUCUUCCUCCUCCUCUUGCCCCUCGCCCUCGCCCAUCCUUCACCCGCCGUCAACCCGCACAGACGUCUCGCUAGGUCCAUCGCACACGCCGACGCGAACCGCGCCAUCCUCGCCCGGGCCGGCGGUGUCAUCGACGACGCUACAGAAUCCUCCAUCGCUGCAGACCAGGCCGCGAGCACCAGCGCUGCCGGCGCGUCGACAUCUGCCGCGACUAGUGGAAGGAGCACGUCGGCGGCGGGGGAAGCGAGCACGAGCGCGGUCGCGAGUAGCAGUGCGGCGGCUAGUAGUAGUACGGCGGCGGCGAGCAGUAGUGCCGCCGCAAGCUCGAGCGCGCCAGUGUCGAGCAUCGUGUUGAGCACCAGUGCGGCGUCGAGCAGUGCUGCCGAGAGCAGCUCUGUUGUGCCCUCCUCUACCUCUUCCGAGGCCGCCACCUCGACAUCCUCCUCUGUCGCUGCGAGCUCAACAGCCCCUUCAUCAUCCUCUGCUGCCACCAGUACGAGCAGCUCUUCCUCCUCCUCGUCAUCGUUGUCCUCCUCAGUCGUCCCUUCCACCACCACCGUUGCUCCGUCCACCACUAGCCAAGCCGCAACUUCCACCUCGUCUCCCUCUUCUUCCUCCACUACCGACCACUCUACCGUCGUCCUUGUCACCACCGCCUCCCGAUCACACUCAUCAACCGCAUCUUCUACUGCCUCGUCUGCUGCGGAUAGCUCAAGCACCUUGAGCAGUGGAUUGAGCAAGGGCGCUCUGGUGGCCAUCAUCGUGGUGGCCAGUAUCGUCGGUUUGGUGAUCAUCGGAUGGACGGCGUUCAGGAAAUGGAAGCUCAGGCCUUCCAACAGGUUUGGCAACAAGAUGCAGCCCAUCGACUUUAGCCCUCAGAAUGACAACAUGGACGAUGACUUCUUUGAGAAAACUCUCCACCGAACCGCCUCCCAAUCGUCUACCAAUCGACAGCGCCAAGAGCUUGUUGCCCAGCUCGACGAUCCCAACCAGGUCCCCGGUGUGCCCGCGCACGACUUUACCGCCGGCGCCGCUGUCGGGGCUGGUGUCGGCGCCUAUGGCUACCAUGAUGACGGUUACGGCCACGCCGAGCAAUACGAGUACGACCAGUAUGCUGCUGCGUACCCCGAGCACGCCGGCCAAGGCUACCCUGACCACCAAGGACAAGGCUACACCGAGCACGAGGGAUACAGCGCCGAGGGCCAGGCUUACGGUGAAGCUUAUGGUGGCGAGCAAGCCUACGGCGAGUACCCUCACCAAGAACACGCCUAUCCUCCUCAGCCUUCCCAUGCUGCGCCCCACGGUUACGACUAUCCUCCCACCUCUCCCACUGGCGGCCUUACGAGUCCUCUCCAGGUUCCCGGCACUGCCAUCACCACGGGCAGCAACGAAGGCUACGCCGACUUGCAGCGCGGGCCUAGUAUUGGGAGUGGGAGCGGCCAUGGGCAGGCGGGGGUUGCGAGGGCUAUGAGCCCGCAGGGGAUGUAUCUGCAAGAGCAGCCGAUGAGUGCGGGAGAGAUGCAAUUCCCUAGUGAAAUGCAGUUCCCCAACCCGCAUGAUCAGCAGUAUGGUGGUUUGGGUAGGCCGACGGCCGGGGCUGGUGCCGAUGGACCUUAUGCCCAAGCUUCCGCUUUCCGAUACUAAGAAGUCUUGCGGGCCAAGCUUCUCUCUUCUUUCGACUUUUCCUCCCGGACGCUUGCGACCAUCACACAUUCUUCCUCAUUACUCUCUAUGCACUCGCGCAUACCUCGUCUACUGAGCAGGGCUUGGUAUCCCAACAACAAUUAUCAUAUUAUGAAGGCCUCAUAAUUCCCGACAUUUCUCGCCCCCUUGUUCAUCAAGUCUUUUUCUGCCUCGACUACUUGUUUAUUUCUAGCUUUUGAACUCUUUUCUUUACGCUUGUUCACGACUAUUCCGAUAGCAAUUUAUUCCAACCUCUGUUUUCUAUCUUUUUAAACUCGAUUCUGUAAACACACGAACUGUGAAUCUGUUUCAUAUACCUGUGGCGUGUAUAGUCUGGGAGGGGAACUCUGGCGAACAAAAAGGGGAGGAGAGAAAAGGGAGGAUGUAGUGUCAGACCUCUUUGGAAUAUGCAUACCUCCUUUAUCGGGUGCA